UCGCAAUUUAUGAUGAAUUGUGCGCGCUGUAUCUCUAUUUGUUCAAUGCUACAACCGAAUUCAUAGUACACUGAUUUGGCGACGAAGACUAUGUGCGGCAUUUUUCAAUUGUGUAUAAAUUCGAAUCAAUUUUGCUCCAAAUCAUCACACAUUGCACAGCCAUCGAAGUGAAAACAUACAGUGAAUUUCAGUUGAAAAUUAAAAGUCUUGUUGACAUUUGCAGCGUUCAAUUUUCAAAAAGAAUACUGUGCAAUUUUUGUGUGGUCCAACAAACAAAAUAAAACACAACAAUUAAGAGAUCAAACACAAUCAGUCGGUUAAAAUUAUUGACUUGUUUUCCGAGAAAAAAACAGCUUGGUUUGCAAUCAAAAAUAUGUAUCAUUUAUUAAUAUUGGCAAUCAUAUUUGGCUGCGCAUCUGCAAUGCCUGCGGCUGGAAAAUCAUGCGAUUGCGUUUGUGGAGUUCGUGGCCGGACUAAUCGUAUAGUUGGUGGAAGUGAGACGUCUGCAAAUGAAUACCCCUGGAUGGUGGCAUUGUAUCGAAAUGGUCGUUUGUAUUGUGGCGGUGCUUUAAUUUCCGAAAAACAUAUUCUGACCGCGGCUCAUUGUGUGCAUUCAUUUGAAAGAAAAGAAAUCAAAGUAUAUCUAGGCGGUCAUAAUAUUUCAAACGAUUAUGUUGAAACACGUCGUGUUGGUCGUAUUUAUGAACAUGAAUAUUUCGAUACAGUUUCAUUUGAUUUUGACAUUGCUAUAUUGGAGUUGAUUAAACCAGUACAAUUUGGACCAAAAAUUCAACCUGUCUGCCUGCCACAAACACAAUUCGAAGAUUACUCUGGAAGAAAUGCGUUUUUGGCUGGAUGGGGUCGUUUAGGUGAACAAACUCCAACAUCUGACCAUUUACGUCAAGUAAUCGUUCCAAUUUGGUCGAAAGAAGAAUGUGAUGCAUCAGACUAUGGUAAUAAACGUCUGACGGGUAAUAUGAUGUGCGCCGGCUUCAAUAAGGGAGGCAAAGAUGCGUGCCAGGGCGAUUCUGGUGGUCCAAUGAAUUAUGAGGGCGAAACUGGAAGCAUAGAAGUUAUUGGCGUUGUAUCGUGGGGCAGAGGCUGUGCACGACCAAAAUUACCUGGAAUUUACACGAAAGUUACAAACUUUUUGCCAUGGAUUCAUAAUAAAAUUAGCAAUACAUGUUUGUGUUCGCCAAAACAAGGAGUUAGAACUGGAUUCUUGGAAACAAUGGCCGAACAAGAAGACGACGGGGAAGAGUAAAAAUAAAACACAUAAUGAAUGCUUGGAAUUGAGUUUACGACUCUCUAGUCAUUAAUAGGUACACAACAAAUUUUCGCCCUUGUAGUUUUAUAGAUUUUGAAAACAAAAAGUGCUAGUGAUAAGCUUAUUUACUAUAGAUUACUUAUAUCGGUUAAGUUGGGUGUUUAUGAGUUCAACAAAAAGAAAAAUAAUAUACAGCUUGACU